AUGGGCGGGAACCACUCCCACAAGCCCCCGGUGUUUGACGAGAAUGAGGAAGUCAACUUUGACCAUUUUCAGAUCCUGCGGGCCAUUGGUAAAGGCAGUUUUGGAAAGGUGUGCAUCGUGCAGAAGCGAGACACCAAGAAAAUGUACGCAAUGAAGUACAUGAACAAGCAGAAGUGCAUCGAGAGGGACGAAGUGCGGAACGUCUUCCGGGAACUGCAGAUCAUGCAGGGCCUGGAGCAUCCUUUCCUGGUCAAUCUUUGGUACUCCUUCCAGGAUGAGGAGGACAUGUUCAUGGUGGUGGACCUGCUGCUGGGAGGGGACCUGCGUUAUCACCUGCAGCAGAAUGUACAUUUCACAGAAGGGGAUGUGAAGCUCUACAUCUGCGAGCUGGCCCUGGCCCUGGAGUAUCUGCAGCGGUACCACAUCAUCCACAGAGACAUCAAGCCAGACAACAUAUUGCUGGACGAACAUGGACACGUUCACAUCACAGACUUCAACAUAGCGACAGUCGUGAAAGGCGCAGAAAAGGCUUCCUCCAUGGCCGGGACCAAGCCCUACAUGGCCCCGGAAGUGUUCCAGGUGUAUGUGGACGGAGGCCCUGGCUACUCCUAUCCCGUUGACUGGUGGUCCCUGGGUGUCACUGCCUACGAGCUGCUGCGGGGCUGGAGACCGUAUGAAAUCCACUCAGCCACGCCCAUUGACGAGAUCCUUAACAUGUUCAAGGUGGAGCGCGUCCACUACUCUUCCAUGUGGUGCAAGGGCAUGGUCGCCCUGCUAAAGAAGCUCCUGACCAAGGACCCCGAGAGCCGCCUGUCCAGCCUUGGGGACGUCCAGAGCGCACCCUACUUGGCCGACAUGAACUGGGAUGCGGUGUUGGAGAAGGCGCUGACGCCCGGCUUUGUGCCCAAUAAAGGGAGACUGAACUGCGAUCCCACAUUUGAACUUGAGGAAAUGAUUCUUGAAUCCAAACCACUUCAUAAAAAGAAGAAGAGGUUGGCAAAGAACAGAUCCAAAGAUGGCUCUAAGGACAGCUGCUCUCUGAAUGGACACCUCCAGCAGUGCUUGGAGACCGUGCGGAAGGAAUUCAUUGUAUUCAACAGAGAGAAGCUGAGGAAGCAGCAGGGGCAGGGUGGCCAGCUCUCGGACACGGAAGGCCGAGCCGGGAGCCAGGCCCCGGGCAAGCUCCAGGACGGCUGUAACAACAACAUUCUGGCCCAUGCCUGUUCUCGUGGCUGCAGCAGCUAA